UGCUGGCUCGACGUCGGACCGAGGUGCUGUCGCAGCGAGAGUGCCCAGGAAUACCUGCUAAUCUUGGGGAAUAUUGAACAAAAACCGUGGAUAUUUUUUGGAAAAGCAUGCAGAAAUCUUGAAAUGAGAGUGUGAAAUGGUCUCACUACCGAAAGUGAGGAUAACUACCACUGCCUCAUUGAUGAAUACGAGCAGAACGGCUCUCAGGAAUAACUGCUGCUGCAUUCAUAAACACUUCUUUAGGACUCACAACAACCCCUGAGCUUUGGGCUUUUUCUUUUUUUUUUUUUGUGGAGGGGGUCACAAAGAAAAAACCAGCAGAUUCCUGUUGUGCACGUGGUUUGACAAUGGCUGAAAAAGGUAAAAUGAAUAUAGAUCAUCUCGACGGAGUUGUCAGGCUCCGAGAGGAACACCAGAAGGUGGUGAAAGACUGUGAAAGUCGGAUUCAGCACUGGAAGAAGGUGUCAGGUGACUAUGAAGCCCUGAAUGAGCGCCUUCAAACUCUUCCAGACCAACUGUGUUAUGACAUUAUGGUGCCGUUCGGCCCUUUGGCCUUCAUGCCAGGGAAGCUGGUGCACACCAACGAGGUCACAGCGUUGCUCGGUGACAAUUGGUUCGCUAAGUGCUCUGCCAAGCAGGCUCAGAAGCUUGUCAACCACAGGAUGAAAUAUGUGAAGAGCGAACUAGAUGAUCUCUCCAAGACUAUGAAAAACUUUGAAGACAGAGUUGGGUUUGUGAAGAAUUUGGAAACCAUGUCAACCGCUAAAGGGGACUAUGUUGACAUUCGAGAAGAAGCCGAAAACAAUGACACUACUGUCGCCAAAGGAAAGCCAAGAAUAGCUCACAAACCAAAUUCUAAACCCAAGUUGGAUGCCGUGUUGGAUCUGAAAGAGGAGGAUGAGGAGGACGAAGGAGAGGGCAGAGAUGGAGGGAGCACAAAAGGCGUCGUGACUGAGGAGGAGUUGUGGGCUCGAUUGGAUGAACUUGAGAAACUCGAGGAGCUACAAGAUGAGCAGGACAGAUUAUCUGACAAUGCAGACAUGAACGGUGAGGACACGUCAUCCUUUUCCUCAGAAGAGGAGAAGGAGGGAGACGCUGCACCUCCGGUAAACGGACUGAGUCUGAAGCCCAGCUGGACCUCCUUGCCUCACAGUAAAGUGCCAUCCAGUGUAGACAGGAAAGAGGAAGAAUACGACGAGGAAGAGGAAGGCAGCUGUUUGCCUACCAUCUUUUUCUCUCACACAGUCGAACCCAAGAAGGUGAGGAUAAACACAGGAAAAAACACCACGUUGAAGUUCAGUGAAAGAAAAGAGCAGAAGGAACACUCAAAGAGGAAAAAGAAGAACGGUCAUAAUAACGGACACUCCCAUCACGAACUUCACAAAAUCACAACACCAGCAGACAUUUAUAGGUUGUUUGUGGACGUGAAGAACGGGGAACCCAUUCCCAGGAAGUCAAUCCUGAAGUCACGCAGCCGAGAGAAUAGCGUGUGCAGCGACACAAGCGAAAGCAGCGCGGCAGAUUUUGAAGAGCGUCGGAUGAUUGGCCGCAGCUUCAGCCACGAUGAGGCAACGCACAGCGACACCAGUGACGGCAUUACAGAGGAGGACAGUCCCACAGCGGUCCCACUGCACCCCGCCAGCCGAUUUGAACUGUCCCCCAUCUGACCAUCGCUCCACCAGCUCUGCCGACCAUACUGGAGAGGAAACAGGAGGAGGUGGCACCUGACGCCCCCCCGCCCCAGCAAGCCCCAAAAAGGGUGUCGAAGUUUAAAGCUGCCAGGUUGCAGCAGAAGUGACUGUUCACGAGCAGAUAUCCAUAUUUCACAAUAACUUUUUUUUUUUUUUUUAAGUCGUUAUUUCUUUUCUACAACUGAUGAACUGGACAAACCGCAGACCAUCUUCUCCUCUCCUUUCUUUUACGUGUCUUUCACUUCUAAUAAUGCAGGGUUUCUGUCGUUGAGUAGGACUGUUUAGUGAGAAAAGCACAGUAGCAAUAUUAAUAAAUGAGCCCUGUGUGUAACACUGCUUUUUAACAAGCUCCUAACAGCGGUAAAUGCAGUCUCUAUUGCUUAUCUACCCUUACACUAUAAAGGGCACUUUUGUCUAUCUCUCUGUGAGGCCUGUUUUGCUGUAUGUCACAUGUUUACCUGUCUUCUGCUUUUCUGUUGAUCCGAGCUGUUGCCAGUUGAGGUAAGACUCUAGGCUUUGCCACUUGUGAUGAGUUGCCUUGUUUCGCUUCUUUUCCCAGGUAUUGAUCAUUAAACAGAAUCAGGUGCCCAUUAGUUCUCAUUUUACCUUCCCUUGACCUGCCUAAUGAAUGUAUGUAUUCCUUUGUGACAAGCUUUAUGUAAAGACAAAAAAAGAAUAUUGAUGGAAACUACUAAAAUAAACGAUUUUGGCUACAA